AUGGGAUUUCGGGGUAAUUUACCCAUCUUCCUGAAGAACUUUCUGAUGAAACGGUAUUUUAGGGAAAAAUUGGGUUCUACGUUUUCAGACCUCUUCGUUCAGGCCGAAGGCGUUCCUCAAGGCAGUGUUUUAAGUGUCAUUCUUUUUAUUACUCAUGUUUCACUCAUUUUGAACAUACUACCACCUGAUGUAUUUGGCUCACUUUAUGUGGACGAUCUAAAUGUUUCAAGUUCUGACUCUGAUAUGCGCGUUAUUGAGCGUCAACUUCAGCUGGCCGUAAAUAAGAUUUCAAAAUGGUGCGAACAAAAUGGUCACACACUUUCACCCACAAAAAGUUCUUGCAUACAUUUUUGUCGAUUGCGCAGAUUACACAAUGAUCCUGUUAUUUCUAAUCAUAACGUUAAUAUACCUAUUGUGUCGGAGACAAAAUAUUUAGGCGUAAUUCUUGACAGCAAACUCACUUUCCUGCCCCAUAUUCGUUAUCUUAGAAAACGCUGUGAAAAAACUUUAAAUGUCCUACGUGUUCUCUCAAACACUUUCUGGGGUGCGGAUCGCAUCGCCCUAAUUAGAAUCUACAAAGCGUUGAUAUUAUCACGCAUUGAUUAUGCUUGUGCAGUCUAUGGCACUGCAACUGCGUCAAAUUUGAAGCUGUUAGAUACAGUGCAUCAUACUGCAAUGCGAAUCUGUAGCGGCGCAUUUCGAACGUCCCCAGUCGAAAGUUUAUAUAGUAUAUGUAAUUUAUCAUCUCUCUAUUUUCGACGUAUGCAGCUCUGUCUUACAUUUUACUUUCGUGUUAUGUCAUCUAAAUCUCAUCCUCUUCGACAGGAGGUUAUUCCAUUAAGCUUACGACGAUUAUAUGAUGCGCGACCCUCAUACACACCUCCUUUUAAUGCUCGUAUGCGUACAGUUAUUCAGACAUUCAAUUUUUGCGAAUCACCAUCUCAAUCAACCGAUCACUUUCUUAACAAACCUUGGAUUAUUCCAUCAUAUCACUUUUAUUCUCCAUUUGCUUCAUACAAAAAAUCCAGUAUAUCUCCUAGCGUGUAUAUUCAGCUAUUCAUCUCUCAUCGUCAUGAGUAUUCUCAGUAUGUUUCUGUUUUUACGGAUGGGUCAAAAUCUCCAGGGCAUGUUGGAUGUGGAAUCAUUAUAGCUGAUCGAACAUACAGUUAUAUCAUACCUGCCAUAUGUUCUGUAUUUACUGCUGAAGCUGUGGCCAUUCUCAUAGCUCUACGACUUAUCUCAUCACUGACCGCACGAAAGUUUUGCAUUUACUCUGACAGCCAAAGUGUUUUACGUCAGCUGAAUAAUCAUGUAAACAACGAAGCUCACCCUAUUUUAUGUAUCAUUAAACAUCUGUUAGUUAGUCUUCACAAAAGUGGUUUUAACAUUUUAUUUUGUUGGAUUCCCAGCCAUGUUGGUAUUUCAGGUAAUGACAUGGCUGACUCUGCUGCCCGAUCUGCUGCAACUCCAUUAACACUAUCAGUCCCAAUUUCUGACAUGAAGAAUUACAUACGACAGUUUACUAUGUCCUUGUGGCAACAACACUGGGAUUUACAAAUUGAAAAUAAACUGCACACAAUUAAAUCCACGCUAGAACCUUGGCCUGUGUUGCAAUUGCGCGGAGCAGAUGUCAAGCUCACCCGUCUACGUAUAGGACAUACUCGGCUGACUCAUCUUCACUUGCUGUUCGGAGAACCGCCUCCUCGAUGCGAUACUUGUAACGUUUCACUUUCAAUUCAUCAUAUUUUAAUCGCUUGCCCAUGUUUUAACCAACAACGCCUUAUCUUCUUUGGAAGCACGAUUUUAUAUAUAAAAGACUUGUUAGAUAAAAAUCACCAUCCUAACAUCUUUGCAUUUUUACGCGCUAUUGGAAUUUUAAGUUGUAUAUAAUUGUUUUAUACUAUUUAGUGUUUUAGUAAAUUUACCGUUUUAUUGAUUUGCAUUUGAUUAGUAAAUUUACCGUUUUAUUGACAUGCAGUUUUAUUGAUUUUAAUGUAUGUAACUUUACAACAUUGUUUUAGAAUUUUCACUAUCUUAUCUGAUUUUAUACGUGUGCUUUACUUAACCUCUUAAUCUGUUUUUAAAACCGUGUGUUUGGCGCAGUAUGUCGUUUUUUGGACCUUGUGCCACUAAAC